AUGUCAAGCAGAGCCCUACACCUAGCCUGGCGUAAGAACAGAGAGGAGGGAUUGGGAAGCAAUGACAAGGCUGUUCCCUUUAACAAACAGGACUUCCAGGCACUCAGGGAUCAGUGUCUGGAAAGAGGGGUCCUCUUCUGUGACCCGACUUUUCCUGCUGAGCCUGACUCUUUAGGGUACAAUGAGCUUGGACGUUACUCCUCAAAAACCCGUGGUGUGGAGUGGAAAAGACCCAAGGAGCUGUGCUCAAACCCUCAGUUCAUUGUCGGAGGGGCCACAAGGACAGAUAUCUGCCAAGGAGCUUUAGGAGACUGCUGGUUACUGGCAGCCAUUGCCUCUUUGACCCUAAACAAGGACAUUCUUGCUCGAGUUGUUCCUCCUGGACAGAGCUUUGAGGAGAACUAUGCUGGAAUCUUUCAUUUUCAGCUUUGGCAGUAUGGAGAAUGGGUGGACGUUGUCAUUGACGACCGGUUGCCCACCAGGGAUGGGAAGCUGCUGUUUGUUCACUCUGCAGAAGGUUCUGAGUUCUGGAGUGCUCUGCUGGAGAAGGCCUAUGCCAAAGUUAACAGCUCAUACGAGGCCUUAUCUGGAGGCUGCACCACAGAGGGGUUUGAAGACUUCACUGGGGGAAUUGCCGAAAACUAUGAUUUGCUGAGGGCUCCUCCACAUCUAUUUAAAAUUAUUCAGAAAGCUCUAUACAGGGGCUCCCUCUUGGGUUGCUCCAUUGAUAUCACCAGUGUGUAUGAGACAGAGGCAGUAACGCGGCAGAAGCUGGUGAAGGGUCACGCCUACUCCAUCACCGGGGCGGAAGUGGUCCAUCUGUAUGGGAGUCCAGUUGAGCUGGUUCGGAUCAGAAACCCAUGGGGUGAAGUGGAAUGGACAGGCCCCUGGAGUGAUGACUCCAGAGAAUGGGAUGGUGUCAGACCUGAAGAAAAAUCCAAACUGGAUUAUUGUGCAGAGGAUGGGGAAUUUUGGAUGGCCUAUGCAGACUUUCUCAAGCAGUUCUCCAAACUGGAGAUUUGUAACCUGACUCCAGAUACACUGACUAGUGAUGAAGUUGGUCGGUGGAGUUAUUACCAGUUUGAGGGUAACUGGAGGGUGGGUUCCACAGCAGGGGGCUGCAGGAAUCACCCAGCCACAUUCUGCUCCAAUCCCCAGUUUGCCAUAAAACUGGAAGAUGUGGACGAUGACCCUCAUGAUGGAGAGGAUGGAUGCACGUUUCUCGUGGGUCUGAUGCAGAAGGACGGGCGCAAAGAGAGGAGGUUUGGACGUGACCUAAAUACAAUUGGUUUUGCUAUCUACCAGGUUCCUGAUGAGUAUAAGGGCUGCACUAACAUCCACCUGGGUCCAGAUGUGCUAUUGCGUCAGAGAGCCAUCGCUAUGAGUCACACUUUUAUCAACUUGAGGGAGGUUUGUGACCGUUUCAAGCUACCACCCGGUGAAUAUGUCAUCAUACCGUCGACCUUUGAGGCUCACCGCAAGGGCAGCUUCGUCCUGCGCGUCUUCUCUGAGAAACACGCUCACACCAGUCCUAUGGAGGAGGAUGUUACUGGAAAAGUCGAGGAGGCUGAUGUUGGAGAGAAAGAUGUGGACCCCCAUUUCAAACACCUGUUUAUGAGGAUUGCUGGAAAUGAUUCUGAAAUCUCUGUUCAUGAACUUCAGCAGAUUUUGAACAGAGUUGUGACUCAUAGAAGUGACAUCAAGACAGACGGCUUUAGCAUGGAGACCUGCCGUCACAUCAUUAGUCUGAUGGAUACAGAUGGAAAUGCUAAACUGGGCCUGGUUGAGUUCCACAUUCUAUGGAUGAAAAUCCAGAAUUACAUGGACAUUUUCAAGAAACAUGACUCUGAUAAUUCUGGUACCAUGAGCACACAUGAGGUCAGGACUGCUUUGACUGAAGCAGGGUUUCAGCUCAACAGCAUCGUGUUGGAGGUAAUCGUUUCUCACUACGCUAACCAGGAGUAUGCGAUUGAUUUUGACGGAUUUGUGACCUGCUUGAUUCGACUGGAACUGCUCUUCAGAAUGUUCAAAACACUUGAUAAGAACGACACUGGGAAGAUUCAGCUGGAUAUAGUUCAGUGGCUGUGUUUGGCUCUCCACUGA